UUUCAUUUCAGUUCAAAGCGUUUGCCCGAUCGUGUUAGACGUGCGGUAGAAGUUCCAUCUUAUUUUCUUAUAACGGUGUUUAUGGCAUAAGUCGAAUAGCACAAUGCUUUGCAACAAGUUGUUUUUUCCGGUUCUAGUGGUCCUCAGUCUCCAAGCACUAGAUUACGUUGAAAGUUCUCGAAUUCUAGCCUUCUUCCCUGCCCCAGUGAAAAGCCAUCUUAUAAUUCACACUGCCAUCACCAAUGCUCUAGCUGAACGUGGACACCAACUCACCGUGGUAACAACAGUUCCAUUGAUAAAAACCAAUCCCCGUUAUCGUCACAUUCUACUCGAUGGAUGUUCCAUUCCGAAAGAUUACUUCUCUGAAAAGAUCAAUGAAGCUCAACCGUUCUAUAGACAAUUCAUCUCACUUACCGAAUUUAUAAACGACUGUUCAAAUGUCACCUUACAACAUCCGAAAAUGCGGAAGCUUAUGGCUGAGGAACGAUUUGAUUUGGUGAUUUUGGGAUACUUUUUCAAUGAACUACAUUUGGGAUUGGGAGCUCAUUUUAAGUGUCCCGUUGUGGUAUCUUUUAUGGUUCAACCAGUUCGGCUGAUAAAUCAUUUUGUUGGAAAUCCAUUGGAAGGUGCUUAUGUGCCGAAUUUGUUAAGUGCAUACGAACAACCCAUGAACUUUUGGCAGAGAUUGAAGAACUUUCUGAUUAAUGAGGCUUUCGAACCGAUUAUGAUGAGAUUGUUUAUGACCAAUCAGCAAAAAGCAUUUUACGAUUACAAUUUUCCACCAGAAAAAUACCCCUCAUUGGAAGAAAUGAAAAAGAAUGUCUCACUGGUUCUAACAAAUCAUCAUUUUAGUCAAGGACCUAUUCGACCAAAUGUUCCUGCUUUGAUUGAAAUUGGAGGAAUUCAAAUAAAAGAAAAGUCUGAUCCAUUGCCAGAGGAUAUCAAAUCAAUCAUGGACAAAGCCAAAAAUGGAAUAGUUUACUUCAGUUUUGGUUCCAACAUCCAAGGUGAUGUCUUGGACCGGAGUAAAGCCAAAAUUAUGUUCGACGUCUUAUCAAAGCUUCCGUUCACAAUUCUCUGGAAAUGGGGAAAAACCGAUUUGCCUGGUCAGGCUCCAAAUGUCAUCUAUAAAACAUGGCUGCCACAGGACGAUGUACUAGCCCAUCCAAAUGUCAAACUCUUCGUCACCCAUGGCGGUCAGGGAAGUGUUGUUGAGUCAUUGUAUCAUGGAGUUCCAAUGGUUGGAGUGCCCUUAUUCGGGGAACAGCACGCUAAUAUGGUGAACGUGGAGAAAAAAGGAUACGGCCGAAUGGUGGAAUUUACCACCAUGACUGAGGAGAAUUUUGACAGGGCUGUCAAUGAUGUUCUAACAGACGGAAAGUACCGUCAAAAUGUUCAAACUUUUGCCAAACUCUACAAAGAUCGACCGAUGAGUGCGAAAGAAACAGCUGUCUAUUGGGUUGAGUAUGUCCUGAGACAUCGGGGUGCUCCACAUAUGCAGAGUCCAGCAGUACAUUUGAACAAGUUCCAACUUAUGUCAUUGGAUGUUGUUGGAUUCUUGGGCGUUAUUAUUUAUUUAGUGAUUAAGUUUAUUAAAUUCUUUGUAGUUUUCGUUUAUUCAAAAUUUGUAAGGAAGUUGAAGAAUAAAAAAGAGUAAUAAAUAGAAGUUUUUAAAAA